AUGGAUCACUCCUCGUUCAGCGGCGCACCCCGCUUCCUAACCCGGCCCAAGGCCUUCGUGGUAUCGGUGGGCAAAGAUGCCACGCUGAGCUGCCAGAUCGUGGGCAACCCCACGCCGCAAGUGAGCUGGGAGAAAGACCGGCAGCUGGUGGAGGCGGGUGGUCGCUUCCGCUUGGCCCAGGACGGCGACCUGUACCGCCUGACCAUCCUGGACCUGGCGCUGGGUGACAGUGGGCAGUACGUGUGCCGUGCGCGCAACGCCAUCGGCGAGGCCUUCGCGGCGGUCGGCCUGCAGGUGGACGCCGACGCCGCGUGCGCGGAGCAGGCGCCUCACUUCCUGCUGCGGCCCACCUCCAUCCGCGUGCGCGAGGGCGCGGAGGCCACCUUCCGCUGCCGCGUGCGCGGCUCGCCGCCCAUGUCGGUGAGCUGGGCCAAGGACGGGCGGCGCCUGGGUGUGCUGGACGCCCCCCGAGUGCGAGUGGAGGAGAGCGGCGAGGCGAGCGCUCUGCGCAUCCGCGCCGCACAGCCGAGAGACAGCGGCACCUAUACGGUGCACGCGGAGAACCCGCUGGGCGCCGCCAGCGCCGCCGCUGGGCUGACGGUGGACGCGGAGGCAGAGGCAGCCAGCCCGCCGGGGGCCUCCACCGCCAUGCUCCUGGCCCACCUGCAGCGGCGGCGCGAGGCCAUGCGCGCGGGGGGCGCCCCGGCCUCGCCGCCGAGCGCCGGCACGCGCACCUGCACGGUGACGGAGGGCAAACACGCGCGCCUCAGCUGCUUCGUGACGGGCGAGCCCAAGCCUGAGAUCGUGUGGAAGAAGGAUGGACAGCUGGUGGUGGAGGGCCGGCGGCACGUGGUGUACGAGGACGAGCAGGAGAACUUCGUGCUGAAGAUCCUCUUCUGCAAGCAGUCAGACUGUGGCCUCUACACCUGCACGGCGUCCAACCUCGUGGGCCAGACCUACAGCUCGGUGCUCGUCGUCGUGAGAGAGCCCACGCUGCCCUUCAGAAAGCGCCUGCAGGACCUGGAGGUACCGGAGAAGGCAUCAGCCAUGUUCCAGUGUGAGGUGCCGGCGCCGGACAUGGAGUCUGCCUGGUACAAGGAGGAGACGCGGCUGUGGGCCAGCGCCAAGUACCUCAUCGAGGAGGCGGGCGCGGAGCGCCGGCUGACGGUGCUCAACGUGUCCUCUGACGACGACGCCGUGUACAUCUGCGAGACCGCAGAGGGCAGCCGCACGGUGGCCGAGCUGGCCGUGCAAGGCAACCUCCUUCGGAAGCUCCCGAGGAAGACAGCAGUGCGAGUAGGGGACACGGCCAUGUUCUGUGUGGAGCUGGCCAAGCCAGAGGGCCCCGUUCAGUGGCUGUGGAACCAGAAGGCGGUGGUGGCUGGGGGCCGGGUGGCCGUCACUGCUGAGGGCACGUGCCACACGCUGACCAUCUCCCGGUGCAGCCUGGAGGAUGUGGGUGAGGUGGCCUUUGUGGCUGGGGACUGCCGGACGACUACCCAAUUUUGCGUGUCAGCUCCCAGGAGGCCGCCCCUGCAUGCUCCUGAAGCCCCUGUGGUGAAGGCCCGGACAGAGAGCUCCGUGACUCUUGCCUGGUCCCCACCACCCCCUGGGGACCGCCCUGCUGCCAUCGAAGGCUACCUGGUGGAGAAGAAGAGACUGGGCGCCUACACCUGGAGCCGGUGCCAUGAAGAUGAGUGGGUGACCACGCCUGAGCUGACUGUGGCUGGCGUGGCCGAGGAGGGGGAAUUCCAGUUCAGGGUGUCAGCGGUGAACAGCUUUGGCCAGAGCCCCUACCUCGAGUUCCCAGGAACUAUACACCUGGCUCCCCAGCUGGCUGUGAAAACGCCUCUGAAGGCAGUGCAGGCAGUGGAAGGCGGCGAGGUGACCUUCUCCGUGGACCUCACCACGGCCUCAUCAGGGGAGUGGUUCCUGGAUGGGCGGGUUCUCAAGGCCAGCAGCGUGUAUGUGAUACACCGGGAUGGCACUCGCCACACUCUCACCAUCCGCUCGGUGCCUGUCAGCCUGCACGGGGCGGAGCUCAAGUUUGUAGCUGACGGCAUCGAGAGCAGCAUCCGCAUGGAGGUCCGAGCGGCCCUGGAGCUGACGGCCAAGCGUCCGGCACCCGCGGCGGCGGCUCGGGAGGUGCUGGCCCGGCUGCACGAGGAGGCCCAGCUCCUGGCCGAGCUUUCGGACCAGGCGGCAGCCGUGACGUGGCUCAAGGACGGACACACGCUGUCUCCCGGGCCCAAGUAUGAGGUGCAGGCCUCAGCCGGGCAGCGGGCACUGCUCGUGCGGGACGUGAAGCGGGAAGACGCGGGCCUGUACGAGUGCGUCAGCCGCGGGGCCCGCAUUGCCUACCAGCUGUUGGUGCAAGGCCUCACACCCUCUUUGCACAAGGACACGGCUGGUGGCUAUGUGGGUGCCGUGGCGGGGAGCCCAGCCCACUUGGAACUGGAGACCUCAGACGCCCAUGCGCACGCUCCCUGGUACAGGGAUGGCGUGGAGCUCGGUUGCUCCUGCCGACACUUCUCCCAGGAGGAUGUAGGCACGCGGCACUGGUGGUGCCUGCCUCAGGCACUGUGCAGGAUGAGGGCACCUACUGAGUCCUCUGCAGUGUUUAUCAAGGGGCAGCCAAUGAGUAAGGAGGUAAAGGCCGUGGCAGGAACCAGUGCCACGCUGAGCUGCGAGGUGGCCCAGGCCCAGACGGAAGUGACGUGGUACAAGGAUGGGAAGAAGCUGAGUUCGAGCUCGAAAGUGCAUGUGGAAGCCAAGGGCUGCACCCGGCAGCUGGUGGUGCAGCAGGCGGGCAAGGCGGAUGCCGGGGAGUACAGCUGUGUGGCCGGGGGCCAGAAGGUCUCCUUCCACCUGGACGUCACAGAGCCCUCGGUGGUGUUUGCCAAGGAGCAGCCGGCACGCAGUGAGGUGCAGGCCGUGGCGGGAAGCAGCGCCACGCUGAGCUGCGAGGUGGCCCAGGCCCAGACGGAGGUGACGUGGUACAAGGACGGCAAGAAGCUGAGUCCGAGCUCGAAAGUGCGUGUGGAGGCCACGGGCCGUGGGCGGCGGCUGGUGCUGCAGCAGGCGGGCAAGGUGGAUGCCGGGGAGUACAGCUGCGAGGCCGGGGGCCAGAAGGUCUCCUUCCACCUGGACGUCACAGAGCCCUCGGUGGUGUUUGCCAAGGAGCAGCCGGCACGCAGUGAUGUGCAGGCCGUGGCGGGAACCAGCGCCACGCUGAGCUGCGAGGUGGCCCAGGCCCAGACGGAGGUGACGUGGUACAAGGACGGCAAGAAGCUGAGUUCGAGCUCGAAAGUGCGUGUGGAGGCCACGGGCCGUGGGCGGCGGCUGGUGGUGCAGCAGGCGGGCAAGGCGGAUGCCGGGGAGUACAGCUGCGAGGCCGGGGGCCAGAAGGUCUCCUUCCACCUGGACGUCACAGAGCCCUCGGUGGUGUUUGCCAAGGAGCAGCCGGCACGCAGUGAGGUGCAGGCCGUGGCAGGAACCAGUGCCACGCUGAGCUGCGAGGUGGCCCAGGCCCAGACGGAGGUGACGUGGUACAAGGACGGCAAGAAGCUGAGUCCGAGCUCGAAAGUGCGUGUGGAGGCCACGGGCCGUGGGCGGCGGCUGGUGGUGCAGCAGGCAGGCCAGGCGGAUGCCGGGGAGUACAGCUGCGAGGCCGGGGGCCAGAAGGUCUCCUUCCACCUGGACGUCAUAGAGCCCUCGGUGGUGUUUGCCAAGGAGCAGCCGGCACGCAGUGACUUGCAGGCCGUGGCGGGAAGCAGCGCCACGCUGAGCUGCGAGGUGGCCCAGGCCCAGACGGAGGUGACGUGGUACAAGGACGGCAAGAAGCUGAGUCCGAGCUCGAAAGUGCGUGUGGAGGCCACGGGCCGUGGGCGGCGGCUGGUGCUGCAGCAGGCGGGCAAGGCGGAUGCCGGGGAGUACAGCUGCGAGGCCGGGGGCCAGAAGGUCUCCUUCCACCUGGACGUCACAGAGCCCUCGGUGGUGUUUGCCAAGGAGCAGCCGGCACGCAGUGAAGUACAGGCCAUGGCGGGAACCAGUGCCAUGCUGAGCUGCGAAGUGGCCCAGGCCCAGACGGAGGUGACGUGGUACAAGGAUGGGAAGAAGCUGAGUUCGAGCUCGAAAGUGCGUGUGGAGGCCAAGGGCUGCACCCGGAAGCUGGUGCUGCAGCAGGCGGGCAAGGCAGAUGCCGGGGAGUACAGCUGCGAGGCCGGGGGCCAGAAGGUCUCCUUCCACCUGGACGUCACAGAGCCCUCGGUGGUGUUUGCCAAGGAGCAGCCGGCACGCAGUGACGUGCAGGCCGUGGCGGGAACCAGCGCCACGCUGAGCUGCGAGGUGGCCCAGGCCCAGACGGAGGUGACAUGGUACAAGGACGGCAAGAAGCUGAGUCCGAGCUCGAAAGUGCGUGUGGAGGCCACGGGCUGCACCCGGCGGCUGGUGCUGCAGCAGGCGGGCAAGGCGGAUGCCGGGGAGUACAGCUGCGAGGCCGGGGGCCAGAAGGUCUCCUUCCACCUGGACGUCACAGAGCCCUCGGUGGUGUUUGCCAAGGAGCAGCCGGCACGCAGCGAUGUGCAGGCCGUGGCGGGAAGCAGCGCCAUGCUGAGCUGCGAGGUGGCCCAGGCCCAGACGGAGGUGACGUGGUACAAGGACGGCAAGAAGCUGAGUUCGAGCUCGAAAGUGCGUGUGGAGGCCACGGGCCGUGGGCGGCGGCUGGUGCUGCAGCAGGCGGGCAAGGCAGAUGCCGGGGAGUACAGCUGCGAGGCCGGGGGCCAGAAGGUCUCCUUCCACCUGGACGUCACAGAGCCCUCGGUGGUGUUUGCCAAGGAGCAGCCGGCACGCAGUGACGUGCAGGCCGUGGCGGGAAGCAGCGCCACGCUGAGCUGCGAGGUGGCCCAGGCCCAGACGGAGGUGACGUGGUACAAGGACGGCAAGAAGCUGAGUCCGAGCUCGAAAGUGCGUGUGGAGGCCACGGGCCGUGGGCGGCGGCUGGUGCUGCAGCAGGCGGGCAAGGCGGAUGCCGGGGAGUACAGCUGCGAGGCCGGGGGCCAGAAGGUCUCCUUCCACCUGGACGUCACAGAGCCCUCGGUGGUGUUUGCCAAGGAGCAGCCGGCACGCAGUGACGUGCAGGCCGUGGCGGGAAGCAGUGCCACGCUGAGCUGCGAGGUGGCCCAGGCCCAGACGGAGGUGACGUGGUACAAGGACGGCAAGAAGCUGAGUCCGAGCUCGAAAGUGCGUGUGGAGGCCACGGGCCGUGGGCGGCGGCUGGUGCUGCAGCAGGCGGGCAAGGCGGAUGCCGGGGAGUACAGCUGCGAGGCCGGGGGCCAGAAGGUCUCCUUCCACCUGGACGUCACAGAGCCCUCGGUGGUGUUUGCCAAGGAGCAGCCGGCACGCAGUGACGUGCAGGCCGUGGCGGGAAGCAGCGCCACGCUGAGCUGCGAGGUGGCCCAGGCCCAGACGGAGGUGACGUGGUACAAGGACGGCAAGAAGCUGAGUCCGAGCUCGAAAGUGCGUGUGGAGGCCACGGGCCGUGGGCGGCGGCUGGUGCUGCAGCAGGCGGGCAAGGUGGAUGCCGGGGAGUACAGCUGCGAGGCCGGGGGCCAGAAGGUCUCCUUCCACCUGGACGUCACAGAGCCCUCGGUGGUGUUUGCCAAGGAGCAGCAGGCACGCAGUGAGGUGCAGGCCGUGGCGGGAAGCAGCGCCACGCUGAGCUGCGAGGUGGCCCAGGCCCAGACGGAGGUGACGUGGUACAAGGACGGCAAGAAGCUGAGUCCGAGCUCGAAAGUGCGUGUGGAGGCCACGGGCCGUGGGCGGCGGCUGGUGGUGCAGCAGGCAGGCAAGGCGGAUGCCGGGGAGUACAUCUGCGAGGCCGGGGGCCAGAAGGUCUCCUUCCACCUGGACGUCACAGAGCCCUCAGUGGUGUUUGCCAAGGAGCAGCCGGCACGCAGCGACGUGCAGGCCGUGGCGGGAAGCAGCGCCACGCUGAGCUGCGAGGUGGCCCAGGCCCAGACGGAGGUGAUGUGGUACAAGAACGGCAAGAAGCUGAGUUCGAGCUCGAAAGUGCGUGUGGAGGCCACGGGCCGUGGGCGGCGGCUGGUGCUGCAGCAGGCGGGCAAGGCGGAUGCCGGGGAGUACAGCUGCGAGGCCGGGGGCCAGAAGGUCUCCUUCCACCUGGACGUCACAGGUCAGUCCUUUGUGGUACUUAAGCCCUCGGUGGUGUUUGCCAAGGAGCAGCCGGCACGCAGCGAUGUGCAGGCCGUGGCAGGAACCAGCGCCACGCUGAGCUGCGAGGUGGCCCAGGCCCAGACCGAGGUGACGUGGUACAAGGACGGCAAGAAGCUGAGUCCGAGCUUGAAAGUGCGUGUGGAGGCCAAGGGCUGCACCCGGCGGCUGGUGCUGCAGCAGGCGGGCAAGGCGGAUGCCGGGGAGUACAGCUGCGAGGCCGGGGGCCAGAAGGUCUCCUUCCACCUGGACGUCACAGAGCCUGUGGUGGCGUUUGCCAAGGAGCAGCCGGCACGCAGUAACGUGCAGGCUGUGGCGGGAAGCAGUGCCACGCUGAGCUGCGAGGUGGCCCAGGCCCAGACGGAGGUGACGUGGUACAAGGACGGCAAGAAGCUGAGUUCAAGCUCGAAAGUGCAUGUGGAGGCCACGGGCUGCACCCGGCAGCUAGUGCUGCAGCAGGCGGGCAAGGCGGACGCCGGGGAGUACAGCUGCGAGGCCGGGGGCCAGAAGGUCUCCUUCCACCUGGACGUCACGGAGUUUGAGCCCCCGGCCCCAGAGAAACCCAGGCGCAGGGAACUGCUGGUGGUCAGGGAACACGAGGACAUCGUCCUGACAGCCACUCUGGCCACGCCCUCCGUGGCCACGGUGACCUGGUUCAAAGAUGGUGUGGAGAUUCGCCGCAGCAAGCGGCAUGAGAUGGCCAGCCUGGGGGACACCCACACCCUGACCAUGCGUGGGGCGCAGACCCUGGACAGUGCUGUCUACAGCUGCCGCGUGGGCGCAGAGGGGCAGGACUUCCCGGUGCAGGUGGAAGAGGUGGCUGCCAAGUUUUGCCGCCCCCUGGAGCCCGUGAGCGGGGAUCUGGGCGGCACGGCAACGCUGGUCUGUGAGCUGAGCCCGGAGCAGGCGGAGGUGGUGUGGCGCCGCGGAAGCACGCAACUCCGAGCCGGCAAACGCUUCCAGAUGGCGGCUGCGGGGCCGCGGCGCUUGCUCACGGUGUCGGGCCUGCGGGCAGAGGAUGCAGGGGAGUACGUGUGUGAGAGCCGCGACGACCACACCAGCGCCACGCUCACCGUUAUCGUACCCCGCGUGGUCAAGUUCACAUCUGGGCUGAGCGCUGUGGUUGCGGAGGAGGGGGGCGAGGCCACUUUCCAGUGCGUGGUGACCCCCAGCGACGUGGCGGUCACAUGGUUCCGAGAUGGUGUCCAGCUACAGUCCGGCGAGAAGUUUCUCAUAUCGCAGAAGGGUGCCAACCACAGCCUGACCAUCUUAAGCCUGGCCCUGGAGGAUGCCGGCCAGGUCACUGCGGAGGCUGAGGGCAUCGAGUCCACGGCCGCCCUCCGGGUCCGAGAGGCUCCGGUGUUGUUCAAAAAGAAGCUGGAGCCACAGACCGUGGAGGAGCGGAGCUCGGUGACCAUGGAGGUGGAGCUGACGCGGCCGUGGCCAGAGGUCAAGUGGACACGCAAUGCUGUAGCACUCGCGUCAGGCGAGAAAGUGGAGAUCCACGCCGAGGGCGCAAGUCACCGUCUGGUCCUCCACAGCGUGGGUUUCGCUGACCGUGGCUUCUACGGCUGCGAGACACCAGACGAUAAGACACAGGCCAAGCUGACUGUGGAAAUGCGCCAGGUCCGGCUCGUGCGGGGCCUGCAGGCCAUGGAGGCGCAGGAGCAGGGCACAGCCACCAUGGAAGUAGAGCUGUCCCACGCAGACGUGGAGGGCAGCUGGACUCGAGACGGUCUUCGGCUGCAGCCAGGACCCAACUGCCAGCUGGCGGUGCACGGCCCCACACACACCCUCACGCUGUCACAGCUGCAGCGGCAGGACGGUGGCUUGGUGGCCUUCAGGGCAGAGGGCGUGCACACCUCUGCUCAUCUGGUGGUCACUGAGCUGCCCGUGAAGUUCGUCCGCCCUCUGCAGGACGUGGUGGCCACAGAGAAGGAGAAGGUGGCCCUGGACUGUGAGCUCUCACGCCCCAACGUGGACGUGCGCUGGUUGAAGGACAGUGUGGAGCUGCGGGCAAGCAAGACCAUGGGCAUGGUGGCCCAGGGGGCCUGCAGGAGUCUCGUCAUUUACCGAUGUGAGCUUGGAGACCAGGGCGUGUACGUGUGCGAUGCCCACGAUGCUCAGAGCUCGGCCUCCCUGAAGGUGCAAGGCCGGAAUGUCCAGAUCGUGAGGCCUCUGGAGGAUGUGGAAGUGGUGGAGAAAGAGGGUGCCACCUUCUCCUGCGAGGUCUCCCACGAUGAGGUGCCUGCACAGUGGUUCUGGGAGGACAGUAAGCUCCGGCCCAGUGACAACGUGAGGAUCCGCCAGGAAGGAAGGACAUACAUUCUCAUCUAUCGGAGGGUCCUGGUGGAAGAUGCAGGGGAAAUCAAGUUUGUAGCGGAAAAUGCAGAAUCGCGAGCCCAGCUCCGAGUCAAAGAGCUGCCCGUGUCCAUCCUUCGCCCACUGCGGGAUAAGAUUGCGAUGGAGAAGCACCGCGGCGUGCUUGAGUGCCAGAUGUCCAGGGCCAGUGCCCAGGUGCGGUGGUUCAAGGGCAGCGUGGAGCUGCAUCCCGGGGCCAAGUACGAGAUGGUCAGCGACGGCCUCUACCGCAAGCUGGUCAUCAACGCCGUCCAGCCCGAGGACGAGGACACCUACACGUGCGAUGCCGGCGACGUGAAGACCAGUGCACACUUCUUCGUAGAAGAGCAGUCCAUUGUGAUCGUGCGGGGCCUGCAGGAUGUGACGGUGAUGGAGCCGGCACCCGCCUGGUUUGAGUGUGAGACCUCCAUCCCCUCGGUGCGGCCCCCCAAGUGGCUGCUGGGAAAGACGGUGCUGCAGGCGGGGGCUGACGUGGGGAUAGAGCAGGAGGGCACGGUGCACCGGCUGACUCUGCGGCACACCUACUCCACCAUGACGGGGCCGGUGCACUUCACCAUCGGCAAGUCACGCUCCACCGCCUCCUUGGUGGUCUCCGACAUUCCCGUGGUGCUCACACGGCCCCUGGAGCCCAAGGUGGGGCGGGAGAUGCAGUCCGUCAUCCUGUCCUGUGACUUCAAGCCUCCCCCCAAGGCUGUGCAGUGGUACAAGGAGAAGACACCCCUGGCACCGUCCAGCAAGUUUAAGAUGAGGCUGGAGGGCCACAUGGCAGAGCUGCGUGUCCUGCGGCUCACCCCUGAGGACGCCGGUGUCUACCGGUGCCAGGCUGGCAGUGCCCAGAGCAGCGCGGAGGUCACUGUGGAAGAACGGAAGGUGACGGUGACACAGCCGCUGGAGGACGUGGAGGUCCUGGAGGAGGGCCGUGCCUGCUUCUCCUGCGAGCUGUCCCACGAGGAUGAAGAAGUGGACUGGUUGCUCAAUGGAAUGCCGCUGUAUAACGACAGCUUCCACGAGAUCACCCACGAGGGCCGCCGCCACACGCUGGUGCUGAAGCGGGUCCGGCAGGCUGAUAGGGGCACCGUGAGCAUCUCCUCCCCCAAGGUUGCAGCCUCCGCCCACCUGGCGGUCAGAGGGAAGCCGGUGGUGUUCCUGAAGGCAUUGGACGAUGUGUCUGCAGAGGAGCGGGGCACACUGACCUUGCAGUGUGAGGUGUCUGAUCAGCAUGCCCACGUGGUGUGGCGGAAGGAUGGCGUGGAGUUGGGCCCCAGUGACAAGUAUGGCUUCCUGCACACGGCGGGCACGCGAGGCCUCGUGGUGCACAGCCUGACUCGGGAUGAUGCCGGCCUGUACACCUGCAACGUGGGCACUGAUGAGACCUGUGCUCGUGUCAGCGUGCAUGAGCUGCACGUGGGCAUCACCAAGAGGCUGAAGACGGUGGAGGUGCUGGAGGGCGAGAGCUGCAGCUUCGAGUGCAUCCUGUCCCAUGAGGACACUGGCGGUGUGGCUGAGUGGACAGUGAGCGGGAGAACAGUGGGCAGCUCUGGCCGCUUCCGUGCCAUGCGCCAGGGCCGCAAGUACACUCUAGCUGUCCGAGAUGCCAUGCCAAGUGACGCUGGGGAGGUGGUCUUCUCUGUGCAGGGCCUCACCUCCAAGGCCUCACUCAUCGUCAAAGAGAGGUCAGUUGACAUUAUGAAGCCACUGGAAGACCAGCAGGCCACACUGGGUGAGGAUGUGGUGCUGAGGUGUGAGCUGUCGCGGGAAGGGACCCCAGUGCACUGGCUGAAGGAUGGGAAGGCCAUCCGCAAGAGUCAGAAGUACGACCUGCUCACCGAAGGCACUCGGGCCUCGCUGGUCAUCCAUGCAGUCUCACUCAAAGACUCAGGCAAAUACACAUGUGAGACGGAGUCUUCCAAAAGCACAGCCAGUCUCCAAGUGGAAGAAAAGGCAAACCGGUUCACGGAGCCGUUGGCUGACCUGCAUGUGGAGGAGAAGGGCACAGCCACAUUUACCUGCAAGACAGAGCACCCUGCUGGCUCGGUGACCUGGCGCAAGGGCCUCACGGAGCUGCGGGCCUCGGGGAAGCACGCGCCCAGCCAGGAGGGCCUGACCUUGCGGCUCACCAUCAGCGCCCUGGAGAAGGCAGACAGUGACACCUACACCUGUGACAUUGGCCAGGCCCAGUCCCAGGCUCGGCUGCUGGUGAAAGGCCAGAAAGUGCUCAUCACAGAGGACCUGGAGGACGUGGAGGUGCAGGAGGGCUCCUCGGCCACCUUCUGCUGCCGCAUCUCCCCUGCCGACUACAGGCCUGUCCACUGGUUCUUGGACAAGACACCCCUGUCUGCCAAUGAACUCAAUGAGAUCGAGGCCCAGCCCGGUGGCUACCACGUGCUCACCCUGCGGCAGCUAGCGCUCAAGGACUCGGGCACCGUCCAUUUUGAGGCAGGCGACCAGCGAACCUCAGCUGCCUUGCAGGUCACAGAGAAGCCAAGUGCUUUCUCCCAGGGGCUCACGGAUGCCACAGUCACAGAGGGGGAGGAUCUCACCCUUGUCUGCGAGACUUCUGCCUCAGACAGCCCUGUGUGCUGGACCAAGGAUGGGAAGCCCCUGCGGCCAUCGUCCCGGUGCCAGCUGACCUAUGAGGGCCGCCGGGCCCAGCUGGUCAUCACUGAGACCACCCUGCAGGACAGCGGGCGCUACAAGUGUGAGACUGCGGGCGCCUGGAGCAGUUCCAUUGUCAGGGUCCAUGCUCGGCCAGUGCAGUUCCGAGAGGGCCUGAAGGACGUGGAGGUGCUGGAGGGGGGUGCUGCCACCCUGCGCUGCGUGCUGUCAUCCGUGGUCAGGCCUGUGGAGUGGCGGCGUGGGGAUGAGCUUCUGCAGCCUGGAGGCAAGUACAGCUUGCGACAGGACGGGACCGUGCUGGAGCUGGUGGUCCGAGACCUGCGGCCUCAGGACAGCGGGCAGUACUUCUGCAGUUUUGGGGACCAGAUGACAUCGGCCAGGCUCACCGUAAAGGCUCUGCCUGCUGAGUUCAUAGGAAGACUGAGAAGCAAGGAGGUCGUGGAAGGGACCACGGCCACAUUCCGCUGUGAGCUCAGCAAGGAAGCUCCCGUGGAGUGGAGGAAGGGGCCCGAGACCCUCAGAGCCGGGGACAGAGUGAGCCUCAGGCAGGACGGGGCCGUGUGUGAGCUGGAGAUGCGUGACCUGACCGUGGAGGAUGCUGGAGAAUAUUCAUGUGUGUGCGGGCAGGAGAAGACCUCAGCCACGCUCACCGUCCGGGCUUUGCCUGCUGAGUUCACAAGAAGACUGAGAGGCAAGGAGGCCACAGAAGGGGCCACAGUCACCCUGCACUGUGAGCUGAGCAAGGCGGCCCCCGUGGAGUGGAGGAAGGGGUCUGAGACCCUCAGAGCCGGGGACCGAGUGAGCCUGAAGCAGGAGGGAGCCAUGUGUGAGCUGGAGAUCCAUGACCUUGUGGUGGAGGAUGCUGGGGAGUAUUUGUGUGUGUGUGGGCAGGAGAAAACCUCAGCCACCCUCACCAUCAGGGCCCUGCCUGCCAAGUUCACAAAAGGUCUGAAGAAGGAAGAGACCACAGAAGGGGCCACAGCCAAGCUGUGCUGUGAGCUGAGCAAGGCAGCCUCUGUGGAGUGGAGGAAGGGGCCCAAGAGCCUCAGAGCUGGAGACAGAGUGAGCCUGAGGCAGGAGGGAGCCAUGUGUGAGCUGGAGAUCCGUGACCUGACCGUGGAGGAUGCUGGGGAGUACUUGUGCGUGUGCGGGCAGGAGAAAACCUCAGCCACGCUCACUGUCAGGGCCCUGCCUGCCAAGUUCACAAAGGGUCUGAGGAAGGAGGAGGCCGUGGAAGGGGCCACAGCCAAGCUGCACUGUGAGCUGAGCAAGGCGGCCCCCGUGGAGUGGAGGAAGGGGCCCGAGACCCUCAAAGCCGGGGACAGAGUGAGCCUGAGGCAGGAGGGAGCCGUGUGUGAGCUGGAGAUCUGUGACCUGAUCGUGGAGGAUGCUGGAGAAUACUCAUGUGUGUGUGGGCAGGAGAAAACCUCAGCCACGCUCACCGUCAGGGCCCUGCCUGCCAAGUUCACAAAGGGUCUGAGGAAGGAGGAGGCCGUGGAAGGGGCCACAGCCAAGCUGCACUGUGAGCUGAGCAAGGCGGGCCCUGUGGAGUGGAGGAAGGGGCCCGAGACCCUCAGAAGUGGAGACAGACUGUGGGUGAAGCAGGAGGGAGCCGUGUGUGAGCUGGAGAUCCGUGAGCUGACCGUGGAGGAUGCUGGGGAGUACUCGUGCGUGUGCGGGCAGGAGAAAACCUCAGCCACGCUCACCGUCAGGGCCCUGCCCACCAAGUUCACAAAGGGCCUGAAGAAGGAGGAGGCCAUAGAAGGGACCACGGUCACACUGCGCUGUGAGCUGAGCAAGGCGGCCCCCGUGGAGUGGAGGAAGGGGCCUGAGACGCUCAGAGCCGGGGACAGAGUGAGCCUGAAGCAGGAGGGAGCCAUGUGUGAGCUGGAGAUCCGUGGCCUGACUGUGGAGGACACAGGGGAGUACUCCUGCGUGUGUGGGCAGGAGAAGACCUCAGCCACGCUCACCGUCAAGGUCCUGCCUGCCAAGUUCGUAAAGGGUCUGAGGAAGGAAGAGGCCAUGGAAGGGACCACAGCCAAGCUGCACUGUGAGCUGAGCAAGGCGGCCCCUGUGGAGUGGAAGAAGGGGUCUGAGAUCCUCAGAGCCAGGGACAGAGUGAGCCUGAGGCAAGAUGGACCUGUGUGUGAGCUGGAGAUCCAUGACCUGACCGUGGAAGAUGCUGGGGAGUACUCGUGCAUGUGCGGGCAGGAGAAGACCUCAGCCACACUCACCGUCAGGGCCCUGCCUGCCAAGUUCACGAAGGGUCUGAGAAAGGAGGAGGCCAUGGAAGGGGCCACAGCCAAGCUGUCCUGUGAGCUGAGCAAGGCGGCCCCCGUCGAAUGGAGGAAGGGGCCCGAGACCCUCAGAACUGGAGACAGACUGCGGGUGAAGCAGGAGGGAGCUGUGUGUGAGCUGGAGAUCCGUGACCUGACUGUGGAGGAUGCUGGGGAGUACUCGUGCGUGUGCGGGCAGGAGAAAACCUCAGCCACACUCACCGUCAGGGCCCUGCCUGCCAAGUUCACAAAGGGUCUGAGAAAGGAGGAGGCCAUGGAAGGGGCCACAGUCAAGCUGCACUGUGAGCUGAGCAAGGCGGCCCCCGUGGAGUGGAGGAAGGGGCCCGAGACCCUCAGAACUGGAGACAGACUGCGGGUGAAGCAGGAGGGAGCCGUGUGUGAGCUGGAGAUCUGUAACCUGACCGUGGAGGAUGCUGGAGAGUACUCGUGUGUGUGCGGGCAGGAGAAGACCUCAGCCACACUCACCGUCAGGGCCAUGCCUGCUCGGUUCAUCAAAGAACUGAAGACCAAGGAGGCUGCAGAAGGGGCCACAGCCACACUGCACUGUGAGCUGAGCAAGGUGGCCCCUGUGGAGUGGAGGAAGGGACCAGAGACCGUCAGAGCUGGAGACAGAGUGAUCCUGAGGCAGGAGGGAGCCACGUGUGAGCUGGAGAUCCGUGACCUGACCAUGGAGGAUGCUGGAAAGUACUCAUGCGUGUGCGGGCAGGAGACGACCUCAGCCACGCUCACCGUCAGGGCCCUGCCUGCCAAGUUUGCAAAAGGUUUGGGGAAGGAGGAGGCCACAGAAGGGGCCACAGCCAAGCUGCGCUGUGAGCUGAGCAAGGUGGCCCCCGUGGAGUGGAAGAAGGGGCCCGAGACCCUCAGAGCCGGGGACAGAGUGAGCCUGAGGCAGGAGGGAGCCGUGUGUGAGCUGGAGAUCUGUGAGCUGACCGUGGAGGAUGCUGGAGAAUAUUCAUGUGUGUGCGGGCAGGAGAAGACCUCAGCCACACUCACCGUCAGGGCCCUGCCUGCCAAGUUCACAAAGGGUCUGAGGAAGGAGGAGGCCGUGGAAGGGGCCACAGCCAAGCUGCACUGUGAGCUGAGCAAGGCGGCCCCUGUGGAGUGGAGGAAGGGGCCCGAGACCCUCAGAAGUGGAGACAGACUGUGGGUGAAGCAGGAGGGAGCCGUGUGUGAGCUGGAGAUCCGUGAGCUGACCGUGGAGGAUGCUGGAGAGUACUCGUGCGUGUGCGGGCAGGAGAAAACCUCAGCCACGCUCACCGUUAGGGCCCUGCCUGCCAAGUUCACGAAGGGUCUGAGGAAAGAGGCGGCCAUGGAAGGGGCCACAGCCAAGCUGCGCUGUGAGCUGAGCAAGGUGGCCCCCGUGGAGUGGAGGAAGGGGCCCGAGACCCUCAGAGCUGGAAAGAGACUGCGGGUACAGCAGGAGGGGGCCGUGUGUGAGCUGGAGAUCCAUGACCUGACCGUGGAGGAUGCUGGGGAGUACUUAUGUGUGUGCGGGCAGGAGAAGACCUCAGCCACACUCACCGUCAGGGCCCCACAGGUGGUGUUCCGGAAGCCACUGCAGAGCCUGCAGGCUGAGGAGGGUGCCUCGGCCAGCCUGCAGUGUGAGCUCUCCGAGCCCGGGGCUGCCGUCGUCUGGAGCAAAGGUGGCCUGGAGGUGCGGGCUGACGAGCGCCGGGAGCCGCGGCAGCGGGGCCGCGUGGCAGAGCUGGUGCUGAGGGGCUUGCGCCGGGAGGACACGGGCGAGUACACCUGCAGCUGCGGCUCCCAGGCCACCAGCGCCACUCUGUCCGUCACAGCUGCGCCCGUGAGGUUCCUGCGAGAGCUGCAGGCCCAGGAGGUAGACGAGGGCGCGACGGCACACCUGCGCUGCGAGCUGAGCCGGGCGGGCAGCAGCGUGGAGUGGCGCAAGGGCUCCCUGCAGCUCUUCCCGUGUGCCAAGUACCAGAUGGUGCUGGAGGGCACAGCCGCUGAGCUGCUGCUGCACGGCGCCGAGCCGGAGGAUGCUGGCCUCUACACCUGUGACACGGGCCACGCGCAGAGCACCGCCUGCCUCUCUGUGCGGGCCCCCAGGCCCGUGUUUAAGAUGGAGCUGCAGAGUGCCGAGCAGGAGGCGGGCAGCGUGGCCCGGCUGUGCUGCCAGCUGAGUGAUGCGGAGGCUGGGGCCCCCGUGCUGUGGCUCAAGGAGGGUGUGGAACUGCACUUGAGCCCCAAGUAUGAGAUGCGGCGCCAGGGGGCCACGUGUGAGCUGCUGAUCCACGGGCUUGAGGCCAAGGACAUGGGCGAGUACAGCUGCGUGGCGGGCAGCCAGAAAACCUUGGCCUUCCUCAAAGUCAAAGAGCCCGAGGUGACCAUCGUGCGGGGCCUGGCUGACACCGAGGUGCAGGCUGAUGGGGAAGCAGAGUUCAGCUGCGAGGUGUCACAGGCUGGCGUGGACGUGGAGUGGUGCCUCCAGGGCCUGCCGCUGCAGAGCAAUGAGGUGACCGAGGUCGCGGUCCAGGGUGGCCGCACCCACACACUGCGGCUGAAGAGCGUGACCCCGGAGGACGCCGGCACUGUCUCCUUCCACGCGGGUGGCCACACGUCCUCUGCCCAACUCACCGUCCGAGUUCCUGAGGUGACCAUCCUGGAGCCCCUGCAGGAUGCUCAGCUCAGCGAGGGCCAGGACGCCCACUUCCGGUGCCGCCUGUCGAGGGCUUUGGGCCAGGAGGCCCACUGGGCCCUGGGAGGGGUGCCCCUGCAGGCCAACGAGAUGAACGACAUCACGGUGGAGCACGGCACACUCCACUCGCUCACCCUGCACAAGGUGACCCUUGAGGAUGCUGGAACCAUCAGUUUCCAAGUGGGCUCGUGUCGCUCGGAGGCCCAGCUGAAGGUCACAGCCAAGAACACGGUGGUGAGGGGCCUGGAGAACGUGGAGGCGCCCGAGGGCGGCGAGGCGCUCUUCGAGUGCGUCCUGUCCCAGCCGGAGGUGGCCGCCCACACCUGGCUCCUGGAUGAUGAGCCCGUGCGCACCUCGGAGAACGCCGAGGUGGUCUACUUCGAGAACGGCCUGCGGCACCUACUGCUGCUCAAAAACCUGCGGCCGCAGGACAGCUGCCGCGUGACCUUCCUGGUGGGGGACAUGGUGACGUCUGCCUUCCUCACCGUCAGAGGCUGGCGCCUGGAGGUCUUGGAGGCGCCCCAGGAUGUGACCGUGCGCACCGGGGGGCAGGCCAGCUUCAGCUGCACCCUUAGCGAGACGGUGCCCGUGGGCGAGGCGACCUGGUACAUAAACGGAGCCUCCGUGCAGCCCGAUGACGCGGACUGGACCGUCACCGCUGACGGCAGCCACCACGCCCUGCUGCUGCACCGGGCCCAGCCGCACCACGCCGGGGAGGUCACCUUUGCUGCUCGCGAUGCUGUCGCCUCCGCGAGGCUCACUGUGCUGGGCCUCCCCGACCCCCCAGAGGAUGCAGAGGUGGUGGGGCGCAGCGGCAGCUCCGUGACGCUGUCCUGGGUGGCCCCCGCGAGCGACGGCGGAGGGGGUCUCCGUGGCUACCGGGUGGAGAUGAAGGCAGCAGCCACGGGGGAGUGGCGGCUGUGCCAUGACCUGGUGCCCGGGCCCGAGUGUGUGGUGGCCGGCCUGGCCCCCGGGGAGACCUACCGCUUCCGCGUGGCUGCAGUGGGCCCGGCGGGCGCUGGGGAGCCCGUGUACCUGCCCCAGACGGUGAAGCUUGCAGAGCCCCUGGAACCCAGGCCUGCAGCCCCCGCCCCCGAGAGCCAGCAGGUGGUGGCCGGGGAGGACUUGUGUCUAGAGUGCGAGGUGGCCGAGGCAGGUGAGGUCGUCUGGCUGAAGGGAACAGAGCGCAUCCAGCCGAGCGGGCGCGUCCAGGUCCUCUGCCAGGGUCAGCGGCAGAUGCUGUUGAUCCGGGGCUUCUCCGCAGAGGACCAGGGCGAGUACUGCUGUGCCCCUGCACGGGAGUCAGCCUCUGGGUCAGCUGCUGCUUUCCAGGUGGUGCUGACCCCAGAGUCUGGGGAGGAGGCCCCCGCUCAGCCCAGCCUGCCCCCCGAGGCCGCCCAGGAGGGCGACCUGCACCUGCUGUGGGAGGCGCUGGCCCGGAAGCGCCGCAUGAGCCGCGAGCCCACGCUGGACUCCAUCAGCGAGCUGCCCGAGGAGGACGGCCGCCCUCAGGGCCCACGGCUGGAGGCCGAGGAGGCCGCGCCUGACCUCUCAGAGGAGUACUCCACGGCCGACGAGCUGGCGCGCACCGGCGAGGCUGACCUCUCGCACACCAGCUCUGACGACGAGUCCCGAGCAGGCACACCUUCACUGGUUACCUACCUCAAGAAGGCCGGGAGGCCCAGCACCUCGCCACUGGCCAGCAAGGUUGAGGCCCCAGCAGCCCCCUCCGGGAAGCCACAGGAGAAGCAGCAGGAGAAGCCACCUGCAGUACACCCACCGCCAGGAGGUCUGAGCGCUGGGGACCUGGGCGACCCGACCUUGGACCAGGCUGCCGUGAAGAUCCAGGCGGCCUUCAAGGGUUAUAAGGUCCGGAAGGAGAUGCAGCAGCAGGAGGGGCCCGUGCUCCGCUGCACGUUUGGGGACACCGUGGCCCAGGUGGGAGACGUCCUGCAUCUGGAGUGUGUCGUGUCCAGCAAGACCGAUGUGCGCGCCCGCUGGCUGAAGGAUGGCGUGGAGCUGACGGACAGCCGGCACCACCACAUCGACCAGCUUGCGGACGGCACCUGUUCUCUGCUGGUCACCAGCCUGGGCCGGGCCGACGCCGGCCGUUACACCUGUCAGGUGAGCAACAAAUUUGGCCACGUGGCCCACAGCGCCAGCGUGGCGGUCAGCGGCACGGAGAGUGAGAACGAGAGCUCCUCCGGGGGCGAGCUGGAUGACACCUUCCACCGGGCCGCCCGGCGGCUGCACCGCCUCUUCCGCAAUAAGGGCCCAGCGGAGGUCUCGGACGAGGAGAUCUUCUUCAGCGCUGACGAGGGCAAGGCAGAGCCUGAGGAGCCCGGGGACUGGCAGACGUACCGCGAAGAUGAGCACUCCAUCUGCAUCUGCUUUGAGACGCUGGCGGAGGCCCGCCGGGCAGCCAGCCGCUUCCAGGAAAUGUUUGGCGUGUUGGGCAUCCGCGUGGACAUCAGCCUGUCCGAGCAGGGACCGCGCAGGGUGGAGAUGCAUAUCGGCAAGGUGGCACCCGCCCCUUCAGCCCCGCUGGAGCCAGCGCUGACGGCAGAGGCUGCCCCGGUGUUCCUGACCGAGCUACAGAAUCAGGAGGUGCUGGAUGGGUACCCUGUGAGCUUUGACUGUGUGGUGACAGGCCAGCCUGUGCCCACCGUGCGCUGGUUCAAGGAUGGGAGGAUGCUGGAGGAGGAUGACCACUACAUGAUCAGUGAGGACCAGCAGGGUGGCCACCAGCUCAUCAUCACGGCUGUGGUGCCAGCAGACAUGGGCGUCUACCGCUGCCUGGCUGAGAACAGCGUGGGUGUGUCCUCUACAAAGGCAGAGCUCCGAGUGGACUUGACGAGCACUGACUAUGAGACUGCCGCGGACGCCACGGAGACCUCGUCCUACUUCAGCGCCCAGGGCUACCUGUCCAGCCGGGAGCAGGAGGGCACAGAGUCCACCUCAGAGGAGGGGCAGCUGCCCCAGGUCGUGGAGGAGUUGAAAGACCUGCAGGUGGCCCCUGGCACGCGGCUGGCCAAGUUCCAGCUCAAGGUGAAAGGCUACCCCACACCCCGACUCUACUGGUUCAAAGACGGGCAGCCCCUGACCGCAUCUGCGCACAUACGUAUGUCGGACAGGAAGAUGCUGCACACCCUGGAGGUUCUCUCGGUCACCGGCGAGGAUGCCGGCCAGUACUCGGCAUACAUCAGCAACGCCGUGGGUGCUGCUUACUCAUCUGCUCGGCUCCUGGUCCGAGGCCCCAAUGAACCAGAAGAGAAGCCAGCAUUAGAUGCACAGCAGCAGCUGGUGCCACCCCGGUUCCUGGAGAAAUUCUCCUCCAAGAAGGUGAAAAAGGGUUCCAACAUCACUUUCUCCGUGAAGGUGGAAGGAAGCCCGCCCCCGGCUGUGCACUGGUUGCGGGAGGAAGCAGAGCAGGGUGUGCUGUGGAUCGGCCGCCACACGCCGGGCUACACGGUGGCCAGCUCUGCCCAGCAGCACAGCCUGGUCCUGCUGGACGUGGGCCGACAGCACCAGGGCACCUACACCUGCAUCGCCUCCAACGCUGCCGGCCAGGCCCUCUGCUCCGCAGGCUUGCACGUCUCUGGCCUGCCUAAGGAGGCGGGGGCCGCGGAGGAGCAGCCCGAGGCGAAGGAGGCCCUCAUCUCCACCUUCCUGCAGGGGACCCAAGCUGUUGCUGCACAGAUGUCAGAACCUGCAGCUUUUACGGACCUUUCUGGGCAGAAGAGAGAGACCCCACUUCUGGCAGCAGAGGCCCGUGGCCAUCUGUCCUUGGCCGAGGUGGGCACGGAGGAGUUCCUGAAGAAGCUCACUUCGCAGAUCACAGAGAUGGUGUCUGCCAAGAUCACACAGGCGAAGCUGCAGGUGCCUGGAGUUGACAGUGACGAGGAGUCAAAGACGCCCUCCGCGUCCCCCCGGCAUGGCCGUUCACGCCCCUCUUCCAGCGUUCAGGAGUCGUCCUCGGAGUCUGAGGACGGGGACUCCCGGGGAGAGAUCUUUGACAUCUACGUGGUCACAGCUGACUACCUGCCCCUGGGGGCUGAGCAGGAUGCCAUCUUGCUGCGGGAGGGCCAGUACGUGGAGGUUCUGGACUCUGCCCACCCCCUGCGCUGGCUUGUGCGCACCAAACCCACCAAAAACAGCCCCUCUCGGCAGGGCUGGGUGUCCCCUGCCUACCUGGACAGGAGGCUCAAGCUGUCUCCCGAGUGGGGGCCAGCCGAGGCCCCUGAGUUCCCUGGGGAGGCUUUGUCAGAGGACGAGUACAAGACGAGGCUGAGUGCCAUCAUCCGGGACCUGCUGAGCUCAGAGCAGUCCUUCGUGGGCGAGCUGCAGUUCCUGCAGAGCCACCACAUGCAGUACCUGGACCGCUGCCCCCACGUGCCCGCAGCCGUGGCCAGCCAGAAGGCGGUCAUCUUCCGAAACGUGCAGGACAUCGGCCACUUCCACAGCAGCUUCUUACAGGAGUUGCGUAGCUGCGACACAGAUGACGACGUGGCCAUGUGCUUCAUCAAGAACCAGGCAGCCUUCGAGAAGUAUCUGGAGUUCCUGGUGGGCCGAGUGCAGGCGGAGUCGGUGAUGGUCAGCACAGCAGUGCAGGAGUUCUACAAGAAAUACACCGAGGAGGUGCUGUCAGCCGCGGACCCCUCGCAGCCACCGCCCCCACCGCUGCAGCACUUCCUGGAGCAGCCGGUAGAGCGGGUCCAGCAGUACCAGGCCCUGCUCAAGGAGCUGAUCCGCAACAAGGCGCGGAACGGCCAGAACUGCGCGCUGCUUGAGCAAGCCUACGCGGUGGUGUCUGCCCUGCCACAGCGAGCGGAGAACCAGCUGCACGUGUCGCUCAUGGAGAACUACCCCGGCACCCUGGAGGCCCUGGGCGAGCCCAUCCGCCAGGGCCACUUCAUCGUGUGGGAGGGGGCGCCGGGCGCGCGGAUGCCCUGGAAGGGCCACCAUCGGCACGUCUUCCUGUUCCGCCACCACCUGGUGGUCUGCAAGCCCCGGCGGGACUCGCGCACCGACACCUUCAGCUACGUCUUCCGGAACAUGAUGAAGCUGAGCAGCAUCGACCUGAACGACCAGGUGGAGGGCGAUGACCGAGCCUUUGAGAUCUGGCACGAGCGGGAGGACUCCGUGCGCAAGUACCUGCUGCAGGCACGGACGGUCAUCACCAAGAACUCCUGGGUGAAGGAGAUCUGUGGCAUCCAACAGCGCCUGGCCUUGCCCAUCUGGCGCCCCCCCGAUUUUGAAGAAGAACUGGCCGACUGCACAGCUGAGCUGGGCGAGACAGUCAAGCUGGCCUGCCGUGUGACGGGCACACCCAAGCCCAUUGUCAGCUGGUACAAAGAUGGGAAGCCAGUGGAGGUGGACCCUCACCACAUCCUCAUUGAAGACCCCGACGGCUCGUGCGCGCUCAUCCUGGACAACCUGACUGGUGCUGACUCCGGCCAGUACAUGUGUUUUGCAGCCAGUGCUGCUGGCAAUGCUAGCACUCUGGGCAAAAUACUGGUGCAAGUCCCACCUCGGUUUGUGAACAAGGUCCGGGCAGUGCCCUUUGUGGAUGGAGAAGAUGCCCAGAUCACCUGCACCAUUGAAGGUGCCCCAUAUCCUCAGAUCAGGUGGUACAAGGAUGGUGCCCUGCUGACCCCUGGGGGCAAAUACCAGACCCUGAGUGAGCCCCGCAGCGGCCUGCUGGUGCUGGAGAUCCGGGCGGCAGGCACGGAGGACCUGGGCGUCUAUGAGUGUGAGUUGGUGAACCGGCUGGGCUCCAAACGGAGCCGUGCGGAGCUGCUCAUGCAGAGCCCCAUGCUGCAGGCCCGGGAACAGCACCGCGUGGAGCGGCUCGCGGCCGUGGAAGGUUCAGCGCUCUGCGGACAGCGGCCAGAGCAGCUUCAAAACCGAGGUUUCAACCCAGACGGUCAGCUUUGGGACCGUGGGGGAGACUACGCUGCCAUCCCAGCCCCCGCUGCCCCGGGGCAGGAGAGCACGCCCAUCCAGAGGACACAGACGUGCCCUGAGGCUCCAGGACCUUCCACAGGGGAUCACAGCAGCCCCAGCCCCAGCCCUGGGGGGCCGCCUGCACUCCAGGAGGCCAGCCCGGAGCCCCCAGCUGUGGAGGCUGGGGCUCCAUCCCGUGAGGCUGGGCAGCAGGGUGAAGGCAAAGGCCCUACCCCCGGCCCAGGGGCUGAGGUGCCCCUGCGGGGUUGGGGCGCUGAGUCUAUGCUCAAGGACCCGGUGUUCUUGGAGCCCCUGCUCUGCCUGUGCUCCUGUCUGCUGGGCCCCGGAGGCGAGCCUCCAAAGGCGCCUCAGCCUCACUCCCACGAGGGCCUGGAGCAGACGGCUCAGGCACACGCUGAGGUCUCGGAACGUACGGUGCCCAUCCGGAUGGAGGGCCCUGCCUGGCCAGGAGCAGGUGAGCUCUGGGAUGUCCACAGCCACGUGUUCACGGAGACCACACACAGGACGUACGUGUACCAGACCAGCGACACACCUGCUGCAAGCCCCCCGUCCAUGCAGGUCACCAUUGAGGACGUGCAGGCCCAGAGUGGCAGUACGGCGCAGUUCCAGGCUGUCAUUGAGGGCAACCCGCAGCCCACAGUGACCUGGUACAAGGACGGCACCCAGCUGGGAGCUGACCCCCGGCUCAGCCAGCAGCAGGAAGGGACCACCUACUCCCUGGUACUCAGGGACGUGGCCCAGCACGACGCAGGUGUCUACACGUGCCUGGCCCACAACCCUGGCGGCCAGGUGCUGUGCAAGGCAGAGCUGCUGAUCCACGGGGGUGAGUCCUCCCCUUCCCUGGCUACGCGGGACAGUGAGCGCAGCUCUAGGAGGAAACUGCACUCCUUUUAUGAGGUCAUGGAGGAAAUUGGAAGGGGUGUGUUCGGCUUCGUGAAGAGGGUGCAGCACAAGGGCAACCAGAUGGCCUGCGCUGCCAAGUUCAUUCCGCUGCGGAGCAGGACGCGUGCCCAGGCUUAUCGAGAACGGGACAUCCUAGCAGGCCUGAGCCACCCGCUGGUCACUGCACUGCUGGACCAGUUUGAGACCCGGAAGACCCUGAUCCUCAUCCUGGAGCUGUGCUCGUCGGAGGAGCUGCUGGACCGCCUGUUCAAGAAGAGUGUGGUGACCGAGGCCGAGGUCAAGGUCUACAUCCAGCAGCUGGUGGAGGGGCUGCACUUCCUGCAUAGUCAAGGCAUCCUUCACCUGGACAUAAAGCCCCCCAACAUCCUGAUGGUGCAUCCUGCCCGGGAAGACAUUAAAAUCUGUGAUUUUGGCUUUGCCCAAAAAAUCACCCCGGGAGAGCCACAGUACAGCAAGUAUGGCUCCCCCGAGUUUGUGGCCCCCGAGAUCAUCGAACAGACCCCCGUGAACGAGGCUUCCGACAUCUGGGCCAUGGGGGUCAUCACCUACCUCAGCCUAACAUGCUCAUCCCCAUUUGCUGGAGAGAGUGACCGAGCAACCCUUCUAAAUGUCCUGGAAGGGCGGGUGUCCUGGAGUAGCCCCAUGGCCACCCACCUCAGUGAGGAUGCCCAGGACUUUAUCAAGGCUGCUCUGCAGAAGGCCGUGGGGGCUCGGCCCAGUGCUGCCAAGUGCCUCGCCCAUCCCUGGUUCCAGAAGUCUGUGCCCGCAGAGGAGGCCCACUUCAUCAACACCAAGCAGCUGAAGUUCCUCCUGGCCCGCAGUCGCUGGCAGCGCUCCCUGAUGAGCUACAAGUCCAUCCUGGUGAUGCGUUCCAUCCCGGAGCUGCUCCAGGGCCCGCCCGACAGCCCGUCCCUCGGGAUUGCCCGGCACCUGCGUGGCGACGCCAGCGCCUCCUCCAGCAGCUCCUCCUCCUCCGACAACGAGUUGGCCCCGUUCGCCCGGGCCAAGUCUCUGCCAUCCUCCCCGGUGACCCACUCCCCGCUGCUGCACCCCCGGGGCUUCCUGAGGCCUUCGGCCAGCUUGCCUGAGGAGGCUGAGGCCUGUCCACCUGCCUCCGCCUCGGCUCUGCCCGCAUCGCUGCAGGGCGAGGAGCCAGCAGCUGCCCUGGGCUGUGUGCCCCGGCAGAGUGUCAUCCGAAGCCUGUUCUACCAGCAGGUGGGCGAGGGCCCAGAGCUAGGGGCCCCGUCCACAGGGGGCCGGCGGCACCCCGCCCGGCGGCGGCACCUUCUCAAGGGUGGCUACUUCUCGGGCGUCCUGCCGGGACUUCGAGAGCCACUGCUGGAGCAUCGUGCACUGGAGGAGGCGGCUGCCAUGGAGGAGCAGGCUGCCCUGCAGGCCACAGCAGCCUCCUUGGAGACGGCCGUGCAGAUGCCCAGAGCAAGCACCCAGGAGGCCUCUGGCUCCAGCCGCUCCCUGGACCUUGACCCACCGAACACUGCCAGUUCCUCCAUCAAGGCCUGCAGCAAGGGGCAGUGUCCUGCUCCGGCUCCCCUGAGCCCUCAGAAUGCCCGAGAAGAGGGCGUGCCUGGAGGGGGUGCACGUGCCGGGGAGAAGGAGCAUCCAGAGGGGACCCCGCAGGGGCUGAGACUACCAUCUGCCAGUGGUGAUGUGUGUCCCACUCAGCCAGAGGGGUCGUCCCAGGACCUCUGUGGAGGGCAGGCUGCCCCUUUCUCUCAGCCCCAGUGGGUCCCGGCCCCCCAGGACAGUGGCCCCCCUGCGGCCUUGGCACCACAGCCUCCUGGCUCCUUCCCUUCAGGGCCCUGCACAGAGGCCCUCUUGUCAUCCCCCAGCCCUUCCUUCCCAGGAAAGCCUCAGGCCUCUCUGCCCCCUGCCCAAGCAAGCCCCCAGACAGACUCUCAGAGUGGGCUGAAGGCUGUCCCUCUCACCAAGAGGUCUGGACCACCCAGGCCCCCAGAGCCAGCCUCCCAGAUGGGCACGGAGCCUAGCCCCUCCCUGGAUGCUGAAGGCCUGGUCCAGGAGACGGAGGACCUGUCCCAGUCUUCACCCAGCCUACAGCGGCCUCAGGAGCAGGCGACCACGCGGAAGUUCUCCCUGGGGUCCCGUGGGGGAUACGCAGGGGUGGCGGGCUACGGCACCUUUGCCUUUGGGGGGGACGCCGGUGGCAUGCUGGGGCAGGGCCCCAUGUGGGCCAAGAUGACCUGGGCCGUCUCUCAGUCCUCGGAGGAGCAGGACGAGGCAGGGACCGAGAGCCCACCGCCCCAGGCCAGCACAUCGCCUGUGCCCGAGGGCGAUAGAGCCCUCCUGGGGGCCGCCCAGGAGUUGAGCUCGUGGGAGGACUUUGGCGAGGGCUCUCAAGUGUCGCUCGUACAGAUCCGGGACCUGUCUGGGGACUCAGAAGCAGCAGACACCGUGUCCCUGGACAUCUCAGAGGUGGAUCCUGCCUACCUCAACCUGUCCGAUCUGUAUGACAUCAAAUAUCUCCCAUUUGAGUUCAUGAUCUUUAGGAAGAUCCCCAAGCCGGUGGAGCCAGAGCGUCCAUCCUCCCCUGAGUCUGAGGCUGGGGAGGAGCUGGCUGAGCUCCCGGAGGCUGCGUGGCCCUGGCCAGCCAGCCUGGAGAUCACAGAGGAGCCAGAGGACAUGGAGGCCCUGCUCGGGAAAGCUGCUGGCGGCAGGAAGCGCAAGUGGUCACCCCCUUCCGGCAGUCUCUUCCACUUCCCCGGAAGGCAUUCGCUGCUGGAGGAACCCACAGAGCUGGGGCUACGCCAGAGGGUGAAGGCCUCGGUAGCCCACAUCUCCCGCCUCCUGAGGGGCAGGCCUGAAGGUCUGGAGAAGGAGGGUCCUCCCCGGAAGAAGGCAGGUCUCGCUUCCUUCCGCCUGUCAGGCCUGAAGAGCAAGGACCGAGCACCGUCGUUCCUAAGGGAGCUCUCGGAUGAGACGGUGGUCCUGGGCCAGUCUGUGACUCUGGCCUGCCAGGUGUUGGCCCAGCCAGCUGCAAAGGCCACCUGGAGUAAAGACGGGGCUCUUCUUGAGAGCAGCAGCCGCCUCCUCAUCUCCUCUACGCUCAAGAACUUCCAGCUUCUGACCAUCCUGGUGGUGACUGCUGAGGACCUGGGCGUGUACACGUGCAGUGUGAGCAAUGCGCUGGGGACAGCGGCCACCACGGCCAUCCUCCGCAAGGCAGAGCGCCCCUCUUCCUCGCCACGGCCGGACAUCGGGGAGGUGCACGCGGACGGGGUGCUGCUGGUCUGGAAGCCUGUGGAGUCAUAUGGCCCUGUGACCUACAUUGUGCAGUGCAGCCUGGAAGGCGGCAGCUGGAACACGCUGGCCUCGGACGUCUUUGACUGCUGCUACCUCACCGGCAAGCUGUCCCGGGGUGGGGCGUACACCUUCCGGACGGCCUGCGUCAGCAAGGCGGGCAUGGGCCCCUACAGCAGCCCCUCGGAGCAGGUCCUCCUGGGAGGGCCCAGCCGCCUGGACUCUGAAGAGGAGAGCGGUGCUGCGGGGCCAGCACGGCCCCUCCCCAGCAUGCAGACCUUCGCCUUCCAGACGCAGAUGAGAAGGGGCCGCUUCAGCGUGGUGCGGCAGUGCCGGGAGAAGGCCAGUGGGCGCGUGCUGGCUGCCAAGAUCGUGCCCUACCACCCCGCGGACAGGACUGCCGUGCUGCGGGAGUACGAGGCCCUCAAGGGCCUACGCCACCCACACCUGGCGCAGCUGCAGGCUGCCUACCUCAGCCCCAGGCACCUGGUCCUCAUCCUGGAGCUGUGCUCCGGGCCUGAGCUGCUCCCCUGUCUGGCCGAGAGGGCCUCCUACUCGGAAUCAGAGGUGAAGGACUACCUGUGGCAGAUACUAAGUGCCACCCAGUACCUGCAUGCCCAGGGUAUCCUGCAUCUAGACCUCAGGUCGGAGAACAUGAUUGUCACAGAGUAUAACCUGCUCAAGGUCAUCGACUUAGGAAACGCCCAGAGCUUGGCCCAGGAGAGGGUCCUGCCCUCAGAGAGAUUCAAGGACUACAUGGAGACCAUGGCUCCGGAGCUCCUGGAGGGCCAGGGUGCUGUCCCGCAGACUGACAUCUGGGCCAUAGGCGUUACAGCCUUCAUCAUGUUGAGCGCUGAGUACCCGGUGAGCGGCGAGGGAACGCGAGACACGCAGAAGGGCCUGCGCAAGGGGCUCAUCCAGCUGAGCCGCUGCUAUGCCGGCCUGUCUGGGGGCGCUGUGGCCUUCCUCCGGAGCACGCUGUGUGUGCACCCCUGGGUCCGGCCAUGUGCGUCCAGCUGCCUGCAGAGCCCGUGGCUGACGGAGGAGGGCCCAGCCAGCUCCCAGCCCGCGGCGGUGGCCUUCCCAACCACGGGUCUGCGCGUGUUUGUGCGAGAGCGCGAGAAGAGGCGGGCACUGCUGUUCAAGAAACACAGCCCGACCCGCGUGCGCUGAAUCCCCGGCCUCGGGGCCGCGCCUCCACCUCUCAGGACGCCCUGCAUGUGCGCACGCAGCAAUAA